AUGGCUUCUGGUGACAAGUGAGUUCUUAAACAUAAUAUUUUUUAUUGGUUUACUUUUUGGGAGUAGGAUAAUGUUUGAGUUUUUUCUUGCAAAACGUAAGGUGUCUUGUUAAUUCUUUGUAACUUUUGUUAAAAGUAUUAUCUUUAUGUUGCUUUAGAAGUGCAUCUUCAUCUGCGUUUGUAUGUGCUAUCAGUGGAGAUUUGGCCGAAGAACCCGUCGUCUCUCCAGCUUCUGGAGAAAUUUUCGAGAAGCGGUUGAUUGUGAAGUAUAUCGAAAGCGAAGGAUGUGAUCCUGUUUCAAAACAACCUCUCAAAGUUGCAGAUGUAAGGUUUUUGUUUGAUUUUUUUAAUUUUAGGUAUUAAAGAAGGUAAAAUACGCCUAAUUAUCUGAUAUCAGAACAUCAAAGAACGAUUAUAAUUUUUUUUUGAGUCGCUCAUGAAUAAAAUUAGAAUACCUUUUUAGCUCGUGGCGAUCAAACUCUCGGAUGAAGCUCGUGCGAAUGCAAGACCAAUCCAAACAUCUUCGAUUCCACAUUUGUUGCAAAUGCUUCAGAAUGAGUGGGAUGCGUUGAUGCUGAACAACUUCACCUUGCGAAAUGAAGUCCAAUCAGCCAGAGAAGAACUCACACAUGCUUUAUAUCAGAACGAUGCUGCUUGUCGUGUGAUCAACAGAUUGAGCUUGGAGUUGCAGUCAGCUAGAAAUGCGAUGGCUAACAUUCCUGCUCAUCGUCUGCAGGUGGGUUUUGCAUGAUACACUGAAUAACAUUAAUUUUAAUUUAAAAGUCGAAGGAAAACAUGUUUUUGAAAGUGUCGUUUAUAUAUUUUAACAUAUAAUAUAAUAGUAUUUUAAUAUUGUCGUUUUAGCAAUCAGCUAACCCAGAAACCCGUCGUCAAGAUGAUAAUGUGAAUGAUGAGAAUGAUGUUGAGAUGGGUGAUGCUCUGCCCGGGUUAAGUGAACAAAACAUUCAGAAAAUUGAAGAGUUUGGUAAUGGUUUGUCACAAAAAAGAAAACAAAAAGGAAAGAAGUUGCCAGAAGGCCUGGCUAGCACAGAAACCUUGGCACAGUUCAAAGAAGGAGCUGUUCAUACUGGUCUUCACAGUGUCGGUACUCCAGGAAUUACUUGCCUUGAUUUGAACGUAAUAGUUUCAUUUUGAUUUAAAAUUUUGUUUUUGAAUACUUUAAUUUUUGUUUUUCUUUUUGAGUUUUAAAAAAUAAUAUAUAUUUUGAUGUUUAGGUAUUAAAAACAGUAUUAUUUAGUGAAUCUUUUCAGGAAAGACUAGUUCUAACAGGUGGAGUAGACAAAACAUUGAGUUUGUUUGACUUGGACAAUGAAGUGAUUGAAAAAACCUUCAAGGGACACAAGAAACAAAUAACGGCCUGUAUUAUCCAUCCAGAUGGUGAUAAUGUGGUAUCAGCCUCUCAAGAUGCUACAGUAAAGAUCUGGAGCAAAUCGAAUGAACAAGCGAAGCAUACCAUUAACAUUCAUACAGGGAGUGUUAAUGACAUUUCUUUACAUCCAACCAACGAUUACUUGUUUGCUUUCUCCGAGGAUCAACAUUGGUCGGUUAUUGAUCUGAAUGUGGGACAGGCUUUGGUUAAGGUAGGUUUUAUGAGUGAUGAUUUGGGUUUUUAGGUUUUUCUUAUUUUAGUGGUGUCUCUGAUAGUUAUUUUAAUUUGGCAAAUGGUUUGCAACAGGAAAAACAUGAUAAUAACCGAUCAGAAUAUUAGGGUAUAGAACUGAAGAGAAUAACUUCAAUUUUUCAGGUAAAAGACGAUCAAGACGAAGCCCCAAUCACAUGUGGAAGAUGCCAUCCUGAUGGUCUUAUUUUUGGCCUUGGGACCCGUGAUGGCAAUGUCAAGAUCUGGGAUGUCAGAAACCAAAAGAGAGUCGCUUUGUUUACUGGACAUCAAGGAACAGUAAAGUCGUUGGCAUUCAGUGAAAACGGCUACUAUUUGGCAUCUGGAGCCGAGGAAGGAGAAGUCAAGAUCUGGGACUUGAGGAAGUUGGACAAUGUCAAGACGUUUGCUGUUGGAGAUGGCAGUCAUCCAGUAAGUUUUUUGGAAAAAUUAGUAAAACUGAUUUUUUCCGUGUUAUACAAAGAUUAAAGUGUUUAGUUUUUUGAAAGUAAAAGCUUAUAAUAAUUUGUUAAAUUUCUUGAAUUAAAUUUGAUUUUUUUUGUGUUUUAUAACUCAUCUUAUUUUAGGUGAACUCAGUAACCUUCGACCAAAGUGGAGCCUACCUGGCCGCAGCUGCCAAUGUCGUUCAAAUCUACCAAGCCAGGAGCUGGAAGGUCGUCAAUACGUUUGAAAACCACUCAGAAGCCGUAACUUCAGUCAGAUUUGGAAGCUUGGCUACAUUCCUGGUGACAACUUCUAUGGACAAGAGUCUCCGUGUUUUUAAUUAA